CGGAAGUGGCGACCCGAAAAUCCAGUCAGACAACGAGUGCAGUGAGUUGUGUAAACCAGGUUGCAAUUUGUGGCGUUACACAAGAACUGGUGCGGAAGUUGUCGUGCUUUGUGCUUCCCAUACAGCUCCGAACUCUGUUAGAGUCUGUGUAGCCAAGUAUUCUCCGUGUCAGUCUACCGGAGAGGCCAGGAGUUGUCUGCUUUUAGCUAGAUACCCCCCCCCCCCCCCUUACACCAUGGCAAAAGUCUUGUUCGUUUUCCUGCUGUGUGCUCUAACAGGAAUAUCUAGCCAGGACGGACAAACUGCCUGUCAUGGCGCGGACGGCAGUAUCUACAAUGCGGAGUGUAACACGCCUCCAGCCGAACUGACCAAGGAACAGAUGUUUAAGAACGGGCACAUGAAGCGUUUCGGCGCCCAUCGCCCCCCUGAUCACAUCGUGGAGGAACUGCCCUACAUGAUUGCACCUGAAGACUUCCACGCGCUGUACGUCUCCAAACACAAACCAGUCGUCAUCAAGGGUGCAGCUAAGCACUGGCCUGCUUAUACAAAGUGGACAGAUGAGUACCUCAAGAAGAACUGGGGGGAUGUGACCUUCAACAUGGAGACCAAGGAUGACGACAAGGUCAAUCUUCCUCCAUCUAGAAUGCUGAAAGACUUUUUGGAGGUGUAUCGGGAGAAGGACCUGUACCUGGUGGAUGAGGUUCACCCAGGGAUGCGCGAGGACGUCAUCCUGCCACUGUGCCUCCGCUGCGAGGAGAUGUCGUCCAAGUUCUUUGUGUCCUACUACUGGCACAGCAGCGGGAACACCAGCUCGACCCUGCACAUCGACACGGAUGAGAACAUGCUGUGUGUGAUCAGGGGAAGCAAGAAGGCCAUCCUGGUCUCACCUGUCUACUCUAAUGAUGUGUAUGCUGAUGAUGCUGACCUUUUGGGUGUUUCACCUGUGCCAGCGGACAAGGUGGAUCUGGAGAAGUUUCCACGUGUGAUGAACGUGCGCUACCACCUGGCUAACAUGGAGGAGGGGGACAUGCUGUAUCUGCCACAGAUGUGGUGGCACCAGGUUGACUCCGGCGGUGGUCGUCAGCAGGCUGUUGCCCUGUGGUGGAAGUCCAAACCAUGGUGGAAGGAACACGGCAAGCAUGCACCACCUGUGGAGGCUGAGCUUGUGUUUGAGGGUAGUACGAGUGAGCGAAAGUACUCCUUUGGCAAUGCCCUGGCCCAGUACGAGACCUGGGUGAACGAAGUUGCUCCGCUGGCCCCACGUUUGAAGUGUGAGAGCCAGCAGGCCAGGAUGAGCGACUUCCGCUUUGAGACGGACAAGGAUGACUGGGGGGACAACCCCGAGGAAGACUGGGAUGGACAGAACCAUGGGUCAGAGGAGGAUGAGUCGGCACGUAUGGACUCACUGUGCGACUUUGACAGGACGAACCCCCUAAACCCCUGCCCGUUCUGUGCGGAUGAUGAUGCUGUUCCCCAAUGUAUCCGCUACAUCCUGGACUACUGCCAGGUGUACCAGGACAGGGGCUGUGUGGUGCAGCUGCCGCAGCUCCUCAACAAGCAGACCAAGGAGGACUUCGAAAUUAUAGCUGCGAUGGAGUCUCCUUUUCAUUCCCAACUGUAGUCUCUAUGUGUCAGGACAUUUCUGAUUUCAUACUGUGUCAUUAAUAAUACUCUGUUUUCCUCACAGUACUGAGAAAUUACUGAAUAUUUUGUAUUCUAUCAGCCACAUUUACAUUUGCCAAGAAGGCUAUGUUUUUGGCAGCACUCAUGUGUCUGGCAACACAACAACUCAAGAAUGCCCAGAUGGAUUGUCUUCAAUUUUGGUAUGUGGGUAGGUAUUGAAGCUUUUCCUAUGUUCAUGUUUUUCUAACUUUCAUAUAAAGUUGUGCUUAAGGAGCUGUGACUGUUAGCGAUGUACAUAUUAUGGCAUUAAGGAAAUGGGUGUAAAAGUAUUUGAGAAUUUGGUCAGAGGAAAGCCCCUGACAGCAUUCUUUACAAUUUAAGGGCAAAAAUAGUUUCAUCAAGGUUUUGAAAAUCAUCUUAUAAGAUACAUCAUGAUUUCAAGUCAGCUUACUGUAUGACAUGUCAAUGAAGUACGGAAUGCUAAUGCAUGUUCAAAGCUGCAAUAGGUUUUCAAGGUCUUUGCAAUUAUGUUUCUUGAAGUAACUUUGGCUUUAAGAUAUAUAUAUUCGCUUAUAUAUAUAUAUUAUACAGUGGUUAUAUAUAUUAUAGAGUGGUUAAGCAGUCUUUCUGUGAAAUAAAAUUGUGAUGUCUGGGGAAAGUUUCUCUUUCUGUUCCAUUUGGUCUUCACAAAAUGGAAUAUGUUGUGAUUGAUAUCAAACUGUCAGGGACUGAGCAGGUCAUAAAAGAUCCUGCCACCACAAGGCAACUAUUUUCUGCACUCCUUUUACAAAGGGCAAAUAAUAAGUUCCACCAUCAGAUUUUGAGUGCCAUUCAUAAGAAAAUCAUAUGUGUGUGUGGUCUUAACUUUCAGCACAAGCAUCCUCUUUCGGCACUAUCAUCCUCUUUAACUUCUCACCAAGGCUAAUCUGCAUUUGCCCUCAACUUAAAAAACAUCAUUCACGGUUCCUUUACAAUAUGUCCUUCAUUUCAUGACUGUGUAUGUCACUGCAGUAGAAGAGUGGGCAUAAACUUGUGUGUGGAUUGAGGGUGUCAAUUGCCACAGCACCCCAUCGAUUCUCGCACUUGAUUUCAUCUUGUUCCGUUCAUUGCACACGGAAUAAUGCUUUGUUGUAUCUGUCAGUCCCGUUUGAAAAUUAUUGGGCUCGCCACUGCACUGAUGGCAGCUGACAGCGGCACAAAUAUCGACUUGAUUGUGUCGGCACGAAAUUGAAUUUGCGCGUGAUUGCCCAAAAAGGAUGCUUAUUGCCACCAACCGCUUUCAGGUCUGACAAUAUCUGCAAAAUCUAUUUAUUGGAUGUUUCCAUCUCCUGGAGAGAGAGUGAAGGAGAAUAUGGUCUGAUCUAUCAAACUGUGAUCGUGGCAGACAGAGGGAAGAUUGGUUUAUUUUGUAGGCCAUUAGCUUUAAUAGCAUAUCCUUUCUGGGCUACUACAAACAUCAACAUAUAAAUUACACCAGGUAACAUCACGAUUAACCAAGGCCACAUGAAGUUGAUUUCCUGGAUGACAUCCAGGCAGACUUUGCUUUUGGCCUGCUUCAAUAACAUUUUAAGUCU